AAGUUUGCAUCGAAGAACGUGGCCGCGUGUUGAUGUUACCUGUACUGCUCAAGGUAAUUGUCUGACAACAGAAAACCGCGGUUGAGUUUUGCUCCAGAAAGAAAUUUUCAAACUAAAGUAAUGGACUGACUCGCGGCCGCGCGGCUGCAACUUCAGGACCACCGGCUGGAGACCCCUCACCCUGCAGUCUGCAGACGGGACGUGUGAGAGAUAAAUGCCUUCUUUAAAGAGGCUGCAGAGGAAUGCACUCGACCAUGGCCUGGAGAGGGUGGUCAAAACUCUGCUGUGGUCAACAAUGGCUGCUCCUGCUGUACUCCCUCUUCCUCCUCCUCUUCACAAUCUCAGUGAUGACUAUCACUCUACCCCUCCCUUCGCCGCCCGCUGACGUUAACCGGCAGCCGUCUCGGGCCCUGCGCUUCGCUGGGGAGUUCAGAUCCAGGCCCAGGGUCAGGGAGCCUCCUCUAGCUGAUACCUUUCAGCAGCCACUCGCUCACAUCCACAGUGAGGCCUGGAAAGCCAGCUCUGGAAAAGAGACACCUAAACUGUCAAUGCUACCCAUACCUUUUGGGGACACAGUGGACAAUGACAUGAAUAGCAUCAAGAGAGAGCGAGAGAAACAUCUCGCAGACUUACUCAGAAAUAAACACAAAGGCAAAGGCUUUGCUUCGAAAAGUAAAGAAGUGGCAGGCGCCAUCCAGCACCCAACCACUCAUAACCAUCCCAGUCUCCCAGAGUUUAUAGUCAACAACACAGGACCAAAGCAUAGAAUUAAGCCAAGCUACCACAGUGCUGUGGUAAAGCACACUGCACAGACAUAUACUCAUCAUGAAAGGAGUAAAUCCACCACAGCUCACAUCCCUGCCCCAGCAGAUGCUCUAAUAAGUGACAGACGAGCUGCAGACAGACAGGCAGGCAGAUGGGGGGAUAGACAUACACAUAGGAAGGCUGACACCCAAAUACAUGGCAGCCAUACAAGUGCAAAGCUAGCUGAACAUCACCAGGCUCUGGAUAAACACAGACAAGCAACAAAGCACUCUGGGAAAUCUGAUGAAGUCAGUAAGGAGCAGCAGGUUGUGAAGAAGCCCUCCAGGAAUCUCAAAAAACACCAGAAGCUCUCAGAGGAUCCCUCUGAAAAGAAUCCCGGGUCGUUGGACCGUGGAAAGGCUUGGUCCAGAUCCGAGGCAGCGACAAAGAAAGAUGACAGCAGCUGGUGUCAGACAUUUACAGAUCAGGACUUCCCAGACACUGACCACAGGAGGGUCAGGAUUAGUCCAGAUCUCUGGCCUCUUCCCUGGCUCAGCGAGGAUGACAUCCAGAAGAUGGAGCUCCUCUCUGGGGGUGAGGUGGUCAGCAAGGCCCGGGUGCCUGGACAUGGACAGGUGCUGCAAGUGGCACUGGAACCUCCAGCACACCAGCAGCAGCCAUACCCAGUGAGAGAUUCACCUCAGCAUAGACAAAGACAUCCAGAAACCCAUAAUGAACGCUGCCAGCGGGGGAGCUGCUCCCUGAUCAAACGCACUGAUGACUGGUUCGAGGUGUUCGCCUUCCACCUGGACAGAGUCCUGGGACUCAACAGAAGUCUCCCUGCAGUGCUGAGGACUUUCCACAGUGACAUUCUACCGUAUCGGUACAUCAGCGGCACCCCCAGGCCUGUACUGUGGUGGGACCCAGAUAUUCAGCACCUCGCUGAUAGAGACAAUGACCAGAACUCAGUACCACUCAGCUGGGUUCAGUACCAGAAGCUGCUGCAGGUCCACUGUGGGAGUGAUGCGGACCUGAGGUCAGUGCCCUGUGUGGGAGUCCACCACUCAGAGUGGGGGAGACUGGCUCUCUUUGACUUCUUAUUACAGGUAAACGACCGUCUGGACAGGUACUGCUGUGGUUUCACACCUGAUCCAACAGAAGUCUGUGUGGAGAACCUGCUGCACGCCAAGUGUGACAACACCAAGGACCUGCUGCUGGUUCACAUCCUGGUGAGGAAGGCAGAUCCCUCCACACUGGUGUUCAUAGACAACGCUGGCAGACCACAGCAGUCCAUUGACAACCUCAACUUCAGGCUGGUUGAAGGCAUUGACGAGUUUCCACAGAAAGCAGUGUCAGUGCUCCAGUCCGGCUGUUUAGAGAGUCUUCUUCUACGCUCACUUUACACAGACCGGGAAUUCUGGGACAGCCGAGGCGGGGUCAGCGGUCUCAGGCCUCUCAUCCUCAUGGUGGAGCAGAGAGGGAAGAUUCUCCUCCAGCACAUCAGGGACAGAAAGCUCCAGCUCAAGAGGGACCUGUGAGUCUGUGAGUGACCUGACCCAACCAGAGUGGAGUAGAACUGAAACACAGCCUUCAGGAUGAUAAGCUAAAGAUGACAUUUCUGCAGAGUGAUCAGAUAGAGAUCACUCUGCAGCAAAAGACGCCCUCAAGAAAUUCAGUGACUCAACUAAAUACACUGAGCACUCAAAAUACGGCCCAGAGCGAGCUGACAUGCAGGGUUACCAGGGUUACAGUUAACACAGGAUGCACAGGUGACUACAUCUAGUUUUCAAAAUAAGGUGUUAACACAAAGUAUAGACCAAAAUACAUAUAUGGAACUAAGAUUGAUUGGAUUAUAUCCACGGGAAGUAUAAAACAUUACCUCUGGCCUUUAUAGCUUAAAGGAACUAAAGAAAUCUAAAGUCAGAGUAAAUGACUUUAUUCUCUGAUUUUCGGUUUUGGUUUGCUGGAACAACAUUAAAUAAAUUAUUCCUGACCAUGACUGAUAUAUUUGAGUUUGGAGCAAUAAAGCUAAAUAUACACAGGCUCUAAUGUCUAAAGCAUCACACAUUCAUACUAAUCCUUGGUCAUCUGCACCAAAUGAAACGCCCCUGUAGCUCUGUCUGUUGAUAUGGGAUGCCUGUCACUCCAAACAUAUUCAUGUUUUUAAUUCAGCCUUCCAUCUGGACUCAGUAACAUCUCUCCAAAUGUCCCCUCACAGAAGGGAAAUGUGAGACAAAUUGUUCCCCCACAGCCAGUGCUGAUGCUUCCAAGCCAUUUAGAGGGAAGAAACAUCUUUUUUUUAAUUAUUAUUAUUAUUUUUAUUUUAAAAAUUUUCUGAGAGCUAGCAGCGGACUGAGUGAUUGAUUUGGAUGUCUGUUUUAUGAGAUAAGCUUUUCUGCUUUUAAUCGGGGGAUUAAAAAUGGCUGUCGGCAAAUAGCUUCUGGACUGGAUCCUUGGAAGCCUUUCAAUACAAUUGGACACACACUUGUAUGUGUUCAUAUUUAUAUAUAAAUUUUAUAUUUUAUAUAUUUUUUCUUUUCUUUUUUUUUGGCAGUGUCUUCCUUCCUUGUACGUUGUUGAAAUGAUGCAAAAUAUGAAAGAAAAGCAGAGGAGAGCUGGACGAAAAUCAAAUGUCAUUAGGGAGGAAACAGAGCCCAGGCUUUUCUGUUUGAGUGACACAUUUCUAAAGCUGGACUGUCACUAAACAGUCUUUGGUAUUUGGGUCUUGUGAGAAGCGCAGAUGAUAUGACUUGAAGCUGUUUUAGGCCUCACCGGCUCGGAAUUAACAUUCCACUCAUAUUGGUGGUUCACGGAUUAAUGACAUUUUGCAUGGCUCCCUCUUUCAU